UUUUAUCUCUAAAAAAAAAAAUAAUAGAAAGACCAUAAAAUUUAUUGGCUAGAAAGAUGGAGAAGGAUUGUCUAUCCGAUGUUGAAGGUACGACGCCAAAAAAUUGCCCCCAGACUAAGACCGCCGAUUGCUGGAAGAGACGAACACUUCUUGCAGCUAAACCUCUAUGGGAGUAGCGUCAAAGAUACUCUGAGAGCUUGCUUGGCCUCCCAUGUUGAUCAGUGAGCACUCUAUUCGACUUAUUUCGUGAUCUUCUGGUCAAUAUUACUUCUAUUUUCUCUCUCUGCAACCUGUUGCUGUUUAUUUUCUAAAAAGGAAUCAGAGAUGUUAAAGAGAACUUGUUCAGUUUCGAGAUAAUGCAAUAUGGCAACUUCAAUGAGGUUGUUAUCCACCUAUCCAAGAACUAGUAAGCUUCAAUCUCCAAAUUAUCAAAGAACAAGAGUUUCAGUUCCGGGCCUCGUAGCAUGCUUUCACCUUCACCAUCAAUGCUGUUCCUUCUAUGUGACCAAACCUUCAGUGCUGAAGAACUUCAAGAAGAUGGCCUUGUCCAUUAGGGGGAGUGUGGAAGGGAGUCCAUUUGAUCCUCCUUCGAGUAACUCUAAUGGCAGAACGAGACUGAUACGGAUUAUUCAAGCUAUUCAAACCAAGUUGAAUGCGAGAAUCAACGAGCUAAGAAAAAAUCUUCCAUUCAAAAUACUCUUCUUCUUGGUUGGGUUUUACAGUGCAACUGCAUUUGCAACUGUUAUUGGCCAAACAGGUGAUUGGGAUAUUCUAUCUGCUGCAUUGGCUGUUGUGGUUGUGGAAGGGAUUGGGGCCCUCAUGUAUAGGGCUUCUCUUCCUCUUUUAAACAAAAUUAAAGGCCUAAUAACCAUGUUCAAUUAUUGGAAGGCUGGACUUUCCAUGGGUCUUUUCUUGGAUUCUUUUAAAUUUGAAAUGGAUGAUAUUUUUGGGAUACAUAACCUCUUCCAUUUAUACUUACAUAAUGUAAUUCGUAUAAUUUAUUAACACAUUCAAAUUUAUGAUUGUAAAUCUUCAAAUACUCCAUUAACUUGGAUUUAUGUUUUUCCAA